UUCACCGUCCGCGGCCUACUACUGUUGGUGCUAAAAUUUAUUUCCCUGCCGAUGACGAACCGGGCUCAAUUCGAUCCACAUUUCGCAGAUGCUACCGGCAGCCGCAGUGCAAUAGUACAGUUGUUCGAGUGGACCUUCGCGGAUAUCGAAUCCGAGUGCCUGCUGUAUCUGGGACCGAAUCGGUUCGGGGCUGUGCAGGUAUCACCGGUCAACGAGGUUCGUAUCUUACCGGACCGACCGUGGCGCGAACGGUACGAACCGAUUUCAUACAAGAUCUUCGGUCGAUCCGGUAACGAGAUGCAGUUUCGUUCGAUGGUCAAAACUUGCAACGAAGCCGGUGUGCGGAUCUAUGUGGAAGUUGUGCUGAAUAAUAUGGCCGGUGGUAGUGGAUCUGUUGCAGGUACGGCGGGGUCAGUUGCUUAUCCCGUUAAUAAAGACUAUCCGGAUGCUCCGUACGGAGCGGGGGAUUUUAACGACGCUUGUAUAAUUCUUCCCGGAAGUGAGCCGCAUGAAGUGAGAAAUUGUCAGGUUAACGAUAUGCCCGAUUUGAAUCAGGGUUUGGCGAGGGUUCGGCAGAGAAUUACGGAUUUUUUGAACAAGCUGAUCGCGGCGGGAGUGGCUGGAUUCUAUGUUCAUGCUGCAAAGAACAUGUGGCCGCAUGAUUUGAAGGCAAUUUAUUCAAAGUUGGAGAAUUUAAGCAUUUCGGCAGGAUUUCCCCCUGAAAGUAAACCCUUUAUUUACCAAGACGUGCUGGAUUUAAGCAGUGAGGGAACUUUCAGGAACGAUUACUUAGUGUUGGGUAUGGUAACUGAGUACCGUUUCGCCUAUGACAUCGGUGCGAUCAUGUUCAAGCAAAAACCUUUUCACUUGAUGGUCAAUCUCGGAACAAGACUUGGUUUUAUCCCAAGAGAAAAAUCAAUUAUUUUCAUAGAUGAUCAAGUUCUCCAAAGAAAGCAUAAAGUGGAAGAUUUUCCAAAAAUAGUAACGUUCAACCACAGUCGGUUGUACAGAAUUGCAUUGGUGUUCAUGCUAGGGCACCGGUACGGAACACCAAGGAUCAUGAGUUCCUACUAUUUCAGCUAUAGUGAUGAGGAGCCUCCAAGUACCACGAUAGGCACAAUCUUACCCGUUUUGCUAGAUGAAGACGAUCAAUGUACCGGUACUUGGAUCUGUGAACAUCGCUGGAAAGUAGUGACGAGCAUGAUGAGGUUCAGGAUUGAGGUUGCCGAUCAACCAGUGAUCAGUUGGGUCGACAACGGCCAGAAUCAGUUGGCUUUUUGUCGCGGAAAAGUCGGAUUCAUCGCGAUCAAUGCUGAAAUAUCGUUGAGUAUGAAAGCAAAUUUGUAUACGUGUUUGGAAGCGGGGAUUUACUGUGAUAUCAUCAGUGGAAAGGCAAAUGGGGAAGAGUGCAGUGGUUUGGCUGUUGCGGUGGAUGAUGACGGGAGGGCGGAAAUAUUCAUAUCUAGUGAAGCAGAAGAUCCAUUUAUUGUGCUAUUGGCGAGUGAAAAAGUGUAG